CAAGUUUUUGCAUUGUCAAAAACCCUUCCAUUAUCUCCUCUCACCGGAAGACCAAAGCACAGACUGAAGAAAAGAAAAGAAAAAAAGAGAAGUGAACUGAGAGAUGAAUUUGAUGUUGACUACUGUGGGAGCAAUGGCUGCCGUAGCCAAAGUAGCUUACGACUGUGCCGAUCAUUUUGAAGUGUUUAAUAGAAAAGCAAAAGGUGAAGCAGAAACAAGAUCAGUGGAAGUGGCGGAGAACCAAUCUGCUGAUGUUGGUGAAGUUUCUUGUUAAGUAGAAUUCCGGUGUUCCAUGGGAGUGAAUAUGAGAUUUGGAGCAGCAUGAUGAAGAGUUUGUUUGUGUCCCAAGAUCUUUGGGACAUGGUGGACAGGGGCUAUAUAGAAGAAGAGCUGACGGUUGAGGUUUUAAGAGAAGUUCGAAAGAGGGAUGCCACGGCUUUGCUUUUUAUCCAGCAAGCUAUUGGUAAAUCCGUUUUCUCUUGCAUUGCUGGUGCCAACAAGUCGAAAGAAGCUUGGGAUGCACUGCAAAAGAAGUACCAAGGAGAUGUAAAAGAACUGAAUCGACAGAAUUCUGUGGGUGAAUCAUCGGUUUUGUCUUGCCCUGCUGAUGCAAUUGAACGUAGAGAAGCUUGGAAUGUAGAAAUGGAAUCUCGAGGUUAUACAGAUGAACCAAAUCAAAAGAAGGCUGUGGAUGAAUUGGUUUUGUCUUAUGCUGCUGUUGCAACUGAUCCCGAAGAUGAUUGGCCUUGGGAUGCACCAGAACAGGGCUUUAAGGAAUGGUGCAGUGAAAAUCCCGAUAGUGGAUGUGGUGGAGGCAGAGAUGAUUCAGAUUGGCACUUUAAAAUGAAUCAUUCUAAUAAUAGCACUCCUGUGGCUGAAAGUUCUUUCCAUAGCAAGCUAAAGCUCUCUGAAGAUAGAAUUGGGAAAGAGUCUGGAGAUAUCAAGAACAACAAUUGUGGCUCUAAGAAAGGCUCUAGAGGAAUCUCCAAUCGUGGAGGUCGAGGAGGUCGAGGAGGCAAAAACUGUGGACACUUUAACAACAAUCAGGGAGGUCGUGGAGGCCAAGGCCGUGGUCACAUUAACAACAACCGGGGAGGUCGUGGAGGCAAAGGCCGUGGGCACAUUGACAACAAACGGGGAGGUCAUCGAGGACACUCUAACAACAAUCAGGGAGGUCGUGGUCGUGGAGGGCUAGAUGAUGGAUGCUUUAGCAGCAACAAGGGCCAUAGUGGAGGGAUAGACAAUGGACAUUUUAACAACGGUUCUGAAGCUACUGAUUAUAAUAGUAAAAAUGCAAAAUCUGAAUCGGCUUCUUCCUGCACUACUAAUGCAACCGAAACAAAAGAAGCUUUGGAUGCACAUGCACUACAACAAGGACUCCAAGCUAAUACUCAGGCACAGGUUCAUGCUCAGCCUCAAGCUGGGAAUCCCAAUGGUGGAGAGGGCCAGUACCUGACAACGCUUCUAGUAUGUGAUCUCGAUGUGAGCGUCACGGAUCUGCAGCUGUUGGGCAUCUUCAUCCCCUAUGGGCAAGUCGUCUCAUCCAGUCUUUUCAGGGACGUGGCUACCCACUGCUCUCUUGGUUAUGGUUACGUGACUUAUGGCAACCCUCAAGAUGCUGAUAGAGCGUUGAAGGAGUUGAACUUCACUUUUUUGAAUGGAAAGCCCAUACAAAUAAUGUAUUUCCAACCAGACUCCACCGAACACGAGAGUGGAGGCUUUAACAGCAAGAAGAGCGAUUAUGGAGGCACAGAUGGUGGAUGCUCCGAUAACAAGGAUUCUAAGCUUAGUGGUUAUAAUAGUAAGAAUCCCAAUUUUGAAUCAGUUUCUUCUUGGAGUACUAAUGCAACUGAAUCAAGAGAAGCUUCAGAUGCAACACAACAGGGACACCGAGCUAAUACUGAGGUUAAAGCUCAUCCUCAAGUUGAGAAUCCCAGUGGUGGAAGCAUAUUGAUCGAGAAUUUGGACGAGGCAAUUGAUGACAGGGCAUUGCAUGCUAUAUUUUCUGCAUUUGGAAACAUUCUUUCCUGCAAGGUGGAAACAUAUGCCUCUGGUCGGUCCAAGGGGUAUGGACAUAUUGAAUAUGACAGCAAGGAAGCUGCACAGGAGGCUAUUGAGAAGGUGAAUGGCACGCUGUUGAACCACAAUAAAGUGUAUGUAGGACCUUUCGUCAGCAAUCAAGAAAGAGCGAAGGCAAGGGGAAUGACUAAAGUCUAUGUGGCGAACUUAUCUGAAUCUACAACCAAAGAGGAUCUUAGGGAAGUUUUUGGCUGUUUAGGAACAAUAGCUAGCACUGUAGUUGCGAGAGAUGAAGAUGGAAAAUCGAAGGGUUUUGGAUUUGUGGACUUUAAGGAUCCCGAAAAUGCUUCUUGGAGUAUAGAUGUGCUUAAUGGCCACAAAUUUGAUAACAAAAAGUGGUGUGUGAGAAGAUUUCAGAAGAAAAGUGUUAAAAGAGCUAAGAAUAAAUCUGUGGAUGAAUCUGUUCCGUCGUCCACUGCUAAUGCAUCCAAAUCAAAAAAAGCUGGGAAAGCGGUUUCUGAGAAGAAAAUUAUUCAAAAACCUCAGAAUAAAUCUGUGGUUGAAUCUGUUCCUUCUUCCACUGCUAAUGAAACUGAGUCAAAGAAAGCUGUGGAAGCAGUACAGAAGGGAUACAGAGCUAAUACCAGAGUACUCUAUGUGGACGAUAAGGGGGUCGCCCAUUUCAAGCUCAAAAGUCCAUGAUUUCGUAGCAAGAAAGAACGGUUCUUGAUUUGAUAUGAUGUUGCAACUGUAUAGGUGAAUAUGCAAAAGCUUGAAAUUCUGUUUAGUGCAUUUACGUUGGAUAAUUAGGUUAUGAUAACAACUUAUCUAGUUACUUAUAUUGUGUUUGAGACUUUGAGUAUUGCUCUUUAGUCUCUUUGCAGGGCUUUUCUGCAGUUUUUAUUGGUCUGCUAAGGAUCAGAUUAUCUUUUUUUUUUUUUUUUUUUUUA